CACUUCUACAGUGCUGAGCCUUUUUUGUCGUUCCCUCCCAUCUUCACCUCUCUCCAUGAUCCCCUCAUAUACACGUCCACCGGUUCCAUUCUGUACCGGAAGCCGAAUUCCAACCCUAAUCACUGCAGAGCGAGCUAGAGAGAGAGAGAGAGAAGGAGAUGGGCCACAACUGGAUCUCCUUCGCGUUGCCGCACAUGGAGAUGCUCCUCCGACCCUGCAGCUACGACCUGCAGGCCUCCGCCGCCGCCUCCUCCUCCUCCUCCUCCUCGGACAACAACGUCGGCGCUUUUGCCUACGGCUACCAGUACGUUCUUCCACCGGCCCCCGCCCCCUCGGAGCUGAAGAUGGAGGUUCUCCUGGGAGGAGGCGUCGGCGGCGCCCCCCGCUCCGAGUUUCUGACUGCUGACGGUCGGGACGGGUCGUCGGCGGUCGUUCGAGGGGCCGGGGAGGUGGCCGCGCCGGUGGGGCUGAAGAAAGCGACGGCGUCAGCGGCCGCUGGCCAAAGGACGUCGGUCUACAGAGGGGUGACCAGGCACAGGUGGACGGGGAGGUAUGAGGCGCACUUGUGGGACAACACGUGCAGGAGGGAGGGCCAGAAGCGCAAGGGACGCCAAGUUUAUUUAGGUGGAUACGACGACGAAGAGAAAGCAGCAAGGGCUUACGAUCUUGCAGCUCUGAAAUAUUGGGGUCCUACUGCUGCGACAAACUUUCCGGUGUGCAUUUACAGCAAGGAGAUUGAGGAGAUGAAAUGCUUGACCAAGCAAGAGUUCAUUGCAUCAAUAAGAAGAAGAAGCAGUGGAUUCUCAAGGGGUGCUUCUAUCUACAGAGGAGUGACAAGGCAUCAUCAACAUGGCCGGUGGCAAGCAAGGAUAGGUCGUGUUGCUGGAAAUAAGGAUCUUUACCUUGGCACGUUUGCAACGGAAGAAGAAGCUGCAGAGGCGUACGAUGUGGCGGCAAUCAAGUUUCGCGGCCCAAACGCUGUCACCAACUUCGAGCUCAGUAGAUACGACAUGGACGCCAUCGCAAACACUGAACUUCCGAUCGGAGCACCCGCCAAACGGAUCAAGCAGACUCCACAAGCGAACGAUGACCAGCUUCCUUUUGAUAGAUCGGGCAAUGGACAACAUCUCAGCAGCGUGCCGCCGCCCCUCCUACAUAACCUCGUUCAGCUUCACUGCCCUCCUGGCUUCUCACCCGGUCUGACAUGCUGCAAUUUAGAAGAGAAUGACGCCGUCGAUGCCUGCAGCCAAAACUUGUUCUUCCUCACCGCGAAUGAUCGGCUCAAGAACCAAGUUAUCAACAUGCAACCGGAGAGGGCUGGCAAUCUCCAACUGAGACACCUUACUUCCCAGUAACGCAGCCAGCUGACUGCAGUGCGGAGCGAAUCCAUGCAAUUUUGUAGAGCAAGUGGUGUUAUAAUCAAUGCGACAUGGAUCUGCUCGUAGGCAAGUGAUUUGUAUGUUGUUAAUGAAUCAGAUCUGGAAGCACACUCAGCUGGUUGAGAUCAUUAAUCUACUGUAAUUUUGAAUGACAAUGUGCAACUGUGGAUUGACUGCUGUUGAAUCUGGCACACUCAACUCAGUCAAUGGCACGCAUAAGGGAGUCGAUGCCUGCUAUUCCAUCAGCAUUCCUUUUCGUUUCGAAGAAUGGAGCACAGCGCUGUUGCAAAGA